CAAAAUGGCCAAGUCCUCAACACCAAAAACCCUAGGUGACAAAUCCUUCAAAGGGGUAGCCAACCUCAUAAAGCUCCUCCCAAGUGGCACAGUCUUCAUCUUCCAAUUCCUCAGUCCUCUCCUCACCAACAAAGGCCAAUGCACCACCCUCAACAAAUACCUCACCGGCGCUCUCCUCGUUCUAUGUGCAUCUUCAUGUUGCUUCUCCUCCUUCACCGAUAGCAUCACCGGUACUGAUGGAAGAGUCUACUAUGGCAUUGUGACGGUCAACGGUCUACGUAAGUUCAUUGACUCUGGUUCUGAUUCUGACUCUGGCUCUUGUUUUGACUCGAAAUAUAAGCUGAAGUUCGGAGAUUUCGUGCAUGGGUUUCUUUCGUUGAUUGUGUUCGCGGUUGUUGCUCUUUUGAGCUCGAAUAUCGUAACUUGCUUUUAUCCGUCGUUUGAGUUGGAUAAUACGACGGCGAUGGUGGUGUUGCCUGCCGCGGUUGGAGGUAUAGUUAGCUUCGUUUUCAUGGUGUUUCCGAAUACCAGGCAUGGGAUUGGAUAUGCUGCGAGUGAGAGGUCUAAUUGAUGCGUUAUGUAGCUUUUAUUUAUUUAUUUAUUUAUAAGAACUUGUUUGUACAUUUUUAUGCAAGGAUUAAUGAUUGUAUGGAGAUAUGUCAUUUUCUAAGGUUGAAGUUUGUGUAAUGUGAAGCACUGAUUAAUUCAAGAAGAAUGAUCAAGAAACUAUGGAACAAAAUAAAAAAAUUAGAAACAAGCUAAG